AUGCAGACAACUUUACCAUCACCUUUCAAUCUCAUACCCACAGCUUCUGGUAUGAGUAGUGUGGUGGAAUGGUUGAGAGCAAAGUUGAGUCGAACACAGGGUGUCCGCGCUCGCUGGUCGUUAUCAUACUGUUGUUAUAUGGAGCGCGACAUAGAAUCGAGUGUACGAAACGAUUACUCUGCCCUGAUGUGCGUUUUGGUACAACGAUACUUCAAGGAAAAGCAAGCGACAAUUAUGAAAAACAGCGGUGUAGAAGUGGAACUUGAAAACCUUAGACGAGAACUCGCUGUUUGCAAAUAUAUUACAGAAAAACAUUUAACUGUUGCGCAACCGGACUAA